AUGGCUGGCCUUUUAGUAGACAUAAUUCUCUGCAGAGAUUGGUUUAUUUUGAUUCUCAUUUUGACACUUGGAAAUAGUGCUGUUUCUCAUGUAAAUGGUAGGGCAUUUUUUGUGUUUGGAGAUUCGCUAGUUGACAAUGGCAACAACAACUACUUGAUGACCACCGCUAGGGCGGAUGCGCCGCCGUACGGCAUUGACUACCCAACUCAUCGGCCCACCGGCCGCUUCUCCAAUGGCCUUAAUAUUCCUGAUAUAAUCAGUGAGCAUAUGGGAUGGGAAGCUACACUGCCAUACUUGAGUCCAGAGCUGAGGGGGCAGAAUCUGCUAGUGGGUGCUAACUUUGCUUCUGCUGGUGUUGGCAUACUUAAUGACACUGGAAUUCAAUUUGUAAACAUUAUUCGGAUUCCGAGUCAGCUGGACAAUUUCAAAGAAUACCAGCGGAGAGUGAGGGAGCUAAUCGGAUAUAAAGAGAGGAAGAAACUUGUGAAACAAGCACUUGUUCUCAUUACAUUGGGAGGCAAUGAUUUCGUCAAUAAUUAUUACUUAGUUCCCAACUCUGCAAGAUCUCAACAAUUCACCCUUCAAGAAUAUGUCCCUUUUCUCAUCACUGAAUACAAGAAAAUUUUAAAGAGACUGUACAGACUUGGGGCUCGAAGGGUUUUAGUGACGGGCACAGGGCCAUUAGGAUGUGUGCCAGCAGAAUUGGCAUAUUACAGUAGGAAUGGGGAAUGUGCAGAGGAAUUGCAACUUGCUGCAUCUCUUUUCAACCCACAAUUGGUUCAGAUGAUUGACAAACUCAACACAGAAAUAGGUCACAUUGCCUUCAUUGCAGCCAACACCAAUCAAAUGAACAUGGAUUUCAUCUCAAAUCCUCGAGCUUUUGGAUUUACAACAUCGAAGAUAGCUUGUUGCGGACAAGGACCGUAUAACGGCGUAGGCCUUUGCACAGCCGUAUCAAAUUUGUGCCCAAAUAGAGAUGAAUACGUGUUUUGGGACCCUUUCCAUCCCUCUGAAAGGGCUAAUAGACUCAUUGUACAACAAAUUCUGACAGGCGGAGCCACCAAUGCCACGGUGGCGGCAGACUUCAUCUGCCGCCGAUUUGAGGCGGUCUCCACCAAACUCACCGAAGCCAACUAUGCCAUUGACAAUACAUAUCUCUUAUUCUCUGCCUACUUAGUCUUUGCCAUGCAACUUGGCUUCGCCAUGCUGUGUGCUGGCUCUGUACGUGCAAAAAACACCAUGAAUAUAAUGCUUACCAACGUUCUUGACGCCGCGGCCGGGGGCUUAUCCUAUUAUCUUUUCGGGUGGAACCUGACAGCCAGUGCUGCUAGGCCUAAUCCUCAAGGCUCCUACCAUUAUGGCCAAAUCAACAUUACGCGCACAAUCAAGCUAGUAAAUUCAGCCGGCAAGGUUGAUGGAAAGCUUCGUUAUGCUAUCAACGGAAUCUCACACGAAAAUACCGAGACUCCAUUAAAGCUGGCCGAGUACUUCGGGGUUGCAGACAAAGUCUUCAAAUACGACCUACUUAAAGACCAACCACCCACAGAUACUGAACAGAUUACCAUUGCACCCAAUGUGAUCAAUGCCACUUUCCGUAACUUUGUUGAGAUCAUAUUCGAGAACCACGAAAAGAGUGUUCAAUCAUGGCACUUGGGUGGAUAUGCCUUUUUUGCUGUUGCGAUUGAACCAGGAAAAUGGACACCAGAUAAAAGAAAGAACUACAAUCUUCUUGAUGCCGUAAGUAGAAACACAAUCCAAGUAUAUCCAAAAUCAUGGGCCGCGAUUAUGACAACACUGGACAAUGCGGGAAUGUGGAUCCUAAGAUCAAUGAUAUCAGAGAGGCAAUAUUUAGGCCAACAACUCUACAUCAGCGUCCUCUCACCUGCACGUUCCCUUCGGGAUGAAUAUAACAUCCCGGACAACGAUCCUCUUUGUGGAAUCGUCAAGGAUUUGCCAAUGCCAAAACCAUAUACCGCAUGA